AUUGAACGUGUUAAAAUCACUAGCAAUGAUAUUGAUGGAGCUUCUUCAACACUGAUUAGCUUGGAAAAUUGCCAAUCAUCUCUCGACCUUCACUUUUGCGCCACCGUCGGGUUUGCGGGGGUGAGCUUCUCAAUCUUCACGAUGGCAGGUCUUCGGCCCGUUGUACUCAGUGGUCCAUCAGGAGCUGGCAAAAGUACUCUUCUCAAGAUGCUCAUGGAAAACUUUCCACAAAGCUUUGCAUUCAGUGUCUCGCACACCUCACGCAAACCCAGACCAGGCGAAAUUCAUGGCAGAGAAUAUAACUUUGUUUCAGAAGAAGAGAUGCUGAAGGACAUUGCUGAUGGCAAGUUCUUAGAAUACUCUCAGUUUGCAGGCAAUUACUACGGGACUCCGCGUGAGGCAGUAACUUCUCCAUGCACGCGUUCCUCGUUUGACCACACUCUUCCCCGCUAUUUUGCCAGACCCACUCAGCAGUGGUUACGAUUUCUCAUUUCUGGAGUGCGACCCAAUUUUUGUUCUCUGUUCUCUUCGUGGAAUACCCCGUAUCAUGUCCUAGAAAGUGGUCGAAUUUGCAUUUUGGACGUGGAUGCCAACGGCGUCCGUAGCAUUUAUGCCGCUCAGCCACCAUUAAACGCGCGUUUCAUUUUCAUCGGUCCACCGUCGAUAGAGGUUUUGGAAAGCCGGCUGCGUGAUCGAGGUACAGAGACCGAGGAAAAGAUUAUUUCUCGCCUUCGACAAGCCAAAGUUGAUAUGGAAUUCGCCAACAGCUCACAGGGCAAACUGAUCUACGAUGCACACAUUGUGAAUGAUGACGUCGAGGAGGCUUAUGAGAAAUUAUUUGAAUUCCUUAAGGAUGAUAUUGCACUCACAUUGGAUGAUGAGCGCCAGCAAGUUGCGGCCUCGUAA